AUGCAGUGGAAUGAUUACAAGCUAACAUGGGAUCCGGAAAAAUGGAAUAAUAUUCGAAAACUUCAUGUUCCAUCUGAUCAGAUAUGGAUUCCAGAUAUUAUACUAUAUAAUAACGCGGAUGGCGAACCGCACAUAACGAUUAUGAGUGAUGCCUUAGUAUACUAUACCGGCGCUGUGGUUUGGAAACCGCCGAGUAUUUAUAAAUCAUUUUGUCCUAUAGAUAUUGAAUACUUUCCAUAUGAUAAGCAAUCAUGUUCAAUGAAAUUUGGUGGUUGGUCAUACAAUGGUUUCCAAAUUGAUGUUCGGCAAAUACCGACUAAUCCUACGGAUAAUAUUGAAACACAGUAUGAUGAAAAUGGAAAAGAAUAUCAAUUUCUGGAACAAGGAAUGGAUUUAUCAUCUUAUUAUCCAAGUCGUGAAUGGGAUUUGAUAAGUUUAACAAGUCGUCGAUAUGAACGUUUAUAUCCUGGUUGUUGUGGACAGGAAUUCUACAUCGAUAUUACCUUCAGUUUAUCGAUUCGUCGUAAAACACUUUUUUACACUGUUAACCUAGUAAUUCCAUGCAUGCUAAUAGCAAUUCUGACAACUUUUGUUUUCUAUAUUCCGGGUAUUGAACAUAAAGUAUCAUUUUCGAUAGCAGUAUUGGUUACAUUAACUGUAUUCUAUUUGGUUCUUAUUGAUCUCAUUCCACCAACAUCAAUGGUUAUACCAUUAAUUGGAAAGUAUUUGUUAUUUACAAUGUUUCUUGUUUCCGCAUCAAUUUUUCUAUCCGUACUUACUGUUGGUUACUAUCGCCGGUAUGUUGAUUUAUUUAUUCAUUUAUUUAUUUUUUUUUAUUUUUAA